AUGCCGCGUAGUCGAAGUCGAAGUCGUAGUCCUCGUGAUCGAUAUGGUAAUAAUCGAUAUCGUGGAGGUGGUGCGCCCAAUGCUGGUAAUAAUCGUAAACGAUAUAGUCGAUCACGGUCACCAAGAGAUCGAGAUCCACGUGCUGAUCGAACCUAUCGUGAUCGUGAUCGUCAUCAACAAAAACCUGAACGUCCCAAUAAACGUCACUCCCGAUCACGUUCUCCAUCACCAAAAGCAUUCGGUAAUAAAAUAGUCGAUAAACGUAUGGAACCAACGCAACGAAUUUUCGAUCCUGCUGAAUUACAGGGUAAAACAGAAGAUGAAAUUGAAAUGAUGAAAACUAUGGGCUUUGCGUCGUUUGAUACAACUAAAGGUAAACAUACUGAAGGUCCAACAAAUGCCUUUGGAACUAAUAUUCAACAGAAACGGCGUUAUCGACAAUAUAUGAAUCGAAAAGGUGGUUUCAAUCGCCCAUUAGAUCCAAUAGCUUAA